GGCUGUGCAGGGCGUCGCCCCAGAACUCGGGGACUUAAAUGCGCCGUGCCUUACUUGUCCUACACCCUUCUGGUUCUGACACAGACUCAGAAAGAAUCCACCAUGGUGCUGUCUGCCGCUGACAAGAACAACGUGAAGACUACCUGGGACAAGAUUGGCGGCCAUGCUGCAGAAUACGUAGCCGAGGGCCUGACCAGGAUGUUUACGAGUUUCCCAACCACCAAGACCUACUUCCACCACAUAGAUGUGAGCCCGGGCUCCGGCGAUAUCAAGGCCCAUGGCAAGAAGGUGGCAGACGCGCUAACCACUGCCGUGGGCCAUCUGGACGAUCUGCCCACUGCCCUGUCGACUCUGAGUGACGUGCAUGCCCACAAGCUGCGUGUGGACCCCGUAAACUUCAAGUUCCUGAACCACUGCCUGCUGGUGACGCUGGCUGCUCACCUCGGAGCAGAUUUCACCCCCUCGAUCCAUGCCUCCUUGGACAAAUUCUUUGCCUCUGUGAGCACCGUGCUGACUUCCAAAUACCGCUAAGGUGGAGCAGCCCUGCCCUGGCCCGCUCGGUCUCAUGUCAGGCCCUUCUCCCUUCCUUGCACCUGCACCUCUUGGUCUUUGAAUAAAGUCUGAGUGGGCAGCAA